AUGCCGGAUAUCGCCAAGUCCGACAUCUCACCCUUCCUGGACCGCGACAAGAUGUUCAACGACCUUUGGUGGUUGAACUACUGCUUCUGUGAAGGUGUGGGUAUCGGAGCCGUGGGAAAUCCGUUCUGCGGAGGUGAGGCAGUAAACAUUUGUCUUCACUCCCGGUGCGAGAUGACGGAUGUCGGAGAUCCCUUCUGCUCUUCGAUGCGGGUGUGCCUGUGCAUCACGGACCAGUGCUCCUUGCCCCCGGCUCAAGGCUCACCGAUUUGUGUGUGCUUCAACAAGAAGCUGGCGGGCGGUGAUGGAUGGAGCGGACAGGAGCUCUUUGAUUGGUCCACCGGCUUUGGAGACACCUUCUGGGUCUACUACAUCUUCUGUCUGGGGUGUGGUGUGACCGCACCUUCGGCCAACGGCCGACCCUUGUUUGCUGCGCAGUUCAAAGAGUUGUGCAUCAAGGGCGGCACCAAGCUGGCGACUCCCAUGGAGGGAGGCAAGUUGUGCUCAGCCGUCAGCACUCGCCUUUGCUUCUGGGAGCAAUGCGCCAUGCCUCCUGCUGAGGGCUCUCCAAUGUUCGUGUGCUUCAACCUGCUGAACCCCAAGACUGGAGCUAAGCCGCUCGCCUACGGAGGAUGA